UCUCAUUGACAUUUGCCGGUUGAAACUCAAAUAUAUCAUUUUAUUCAAGGUCAUUUCAAUUAUCAUUUUUAAAAAAAUCGAACUCUCUAUUUAAAACCCCUCUUGUAAAAUCCCUCCGAUUGUCAGCUCCAAACAACAACUUAAUUGUAAUCGUAAAUCUGUACCAGAAGAAGCAAGGAUCGAGCUGCACGAAAAGAUGGAAGAUGAAUCGGCAACCAAUUCACACGAUUCCAUUUGCCCAAUCUGCCUCGGACCCUUAACUCAAGACUCCUAUCUCGAUCAUUGUUUGCACAAAUUUUGCUUCAAUUGCAUUCUCCGCUGGACCAAUGUCGUUUAUUCCAAGCACCAAACCCCACCUUCUUCCGUAAAAUGUCCCCUUUGUAAGACAGAUAAUUUUUCUAUCAUUUAUGGACUUGACGGAACUUCCUUUCAACGCCAUUAUAUAAAUGCCAAUCUUCAAGAUUGUUUUGUGUUAUCAAAAGCACACAGAUAUAGGUUACAAUGCUAUUAUACUCAACAAGGUUUCUUAGAAGACAUAUUCAAUAUAUCACUCUAUUGGAAAUCUCGUAAGUAUUAUCAGCCAAAUAACUGGCUUCAAACUUGGUUAACAAGGGAAAUUCAAGCCCUUACCCAGGAUGAGGAUGUUGACAUCAUUGUGCACCAUAUCUCUGGUGUCGUAAAACCAUUAUGGACAAGUAAAGAACAGAAGCCACAUACAACAAAACCUGAAAAGAAACAGGAAGAGUUCAAGAUGUCGGUCUCUGAAGCAGCCAGGCCUUUUCUGGGAGCAAGAACAGACAGAUUUGUGUAUGAGAUUCAACUAUUUCUUGCUUCAGGAUUGAAUAUUGAAGCUUAUGAUGCAGUUUACAUACAACGCUUAGGUUGGAGCUCACCUGGGGUAAACACUGAAGUUUCUCAAAAUGAAUUGAUUGAUCGCACUACUGUGAUUCCAUACCUCUACAUAUUUGAUGACGACUCUGAUGGAAAUGAGUAGAUUCCUUUUUUUUUUUCUUUUCAUUUCUAUCUUUCUCAUUUGUUUGUUGUAAUUCUUGGAUAAUUGGAUUGCUCCUAAAUAGUGUGGGAGUAAAUUUUACAUAUACGAAAGAGUGCUAUUGCGGGUUUGGAUCCUCUCUAACUACAUUGCAAUUCUUCAUUCAGAUAGUUAAGCCAUAUCUCUACGUGA